CAAGUCUAUCGGGGCACCGGAGCGAACGGUCGUUCCAAGGUAUUCCGUCCCGGAGGUGUGAGACGAACGGGAAAAAAAUAUUCGAAAAUAUCGGAAACCGCAUCCGGCCGUCUCCGGAAUUUUUCUCUUAAUUCGACUAUGAUUUCUUCAUAAAUCGGUGCAAAAAAAAAAAAUAAAUAAAAAAAAAAACAGCCCCGCUACUCGAGUUCGAGUGAAAAUUUUUUCGUACGAGUCGACCCCCCCUUUGAAAAAUAAAACUAGUCACAAUUUUUAAUCGGUGAUAAUUUCUAAUUGUUGGUGACAUCGACGAUCAGAUUCUAGAGAACAAAACGAUCCGAUCCUCGGCUCCGUAAAUGAGGAAACUUUUACCGAUUUAAUAAUAAAAAGUAGAUCGAUUUUUUGAAAUGGCUUCCGAAAGGCUGGUCAACGGUAUAUUGUCGGAUUUAUUGCCGGCGAUACCGACGGUUCAAGAUGUGAGUAAAUCGAUGCAAAAUUUCGGCUAUCCGGAUUACGCGGUAUUCAUUUUGAUGCUGGCCUCAUGCGGCGGAGUUGGAAUAUAUUUUGGUUUCGUGAAAAAAUCAAUGGGCGAGGACGAGUACCUGGUGGGUGGAAGAAACAUGAAGACGUUUCCGGUCAGUCUGAGUCUCAUAGCUAGUUUUAUUUCCGCUAUAUCGCUCCUCGGAACCCCCACUGAGGUAUACGUGUACGGAAUUACCUACCUUUUUGUUGGUUGCGGCGUUAUCCUCAUGGGGAUUGUCAUGACCACCGUUUAUUUGCCCGUUUUUCACGACCUGAAACUGACCAGCACAUACGAGUACCUCGAGAGGCGGUUCGACAAGAAGACUAGAUUAUUUGGCUCCGUUCUGUUCUCCAUCGGAAUCAUAACCUGGCUACCGAUCGUCAUCUACGUACCAGCCCUGGCUUUCAAUCAAGUUACCGGAAUAAACGUCCACAUAAUCACACCGUUCGUUUGCAUAGUUUGCAUAUUUUACACGUGCGUGGGUGGUCUGAAAGCAGUUGUUUGGACAGACGUAAUUCAAACCAUCGUGAUGCUCGGCGCGAUGUUGCUGGUGAUAAUCAAGGGUACGGUAGAUCUGGGUGGACCUUCUGUGGUCAUUCACAGGAACUUAGAGUCCGGAAGACUCGAAUUACCGGACACGGAUUGGAAUCCUUUGACGAGACACACUAUCUGGGCAUUGACUUUUGGCGCUUUUGGUCACUGGCUCCAGACGUCCGCCGUCAAUCAAAAUAUGAUCCAACGUUAUCUCUCUCUACCAACACUCGGCGCUGCGAGGCGGGCUGUCUGGAUCUUUAUAGUAGGUGCCCUCAGUCUCGUUGGCACCUGCGGCUACGCCGGGAUGCUCCUCUACGCGACCUACCAAGAAUGCGAUCCUCUAACAACAAAGCUUGCUCGUGCCAAGGACCAACUCCUCCCCUUAUUGGUGAUGGAUAUCCUGGGCGAUUAUCCCGGCUUACCUGGUUUAUUCGUAGCCGGCGUGUUCAGCGCUGCUCUCAGCUCGCUGUCAACGGCACUCAACUCGAUGGCGGCCGUGGUGAUAGAAGACUUCAUAAAACCAUUUAGAAAAAAUUCAUUCACUCCCAGAGUAGCGGAUAUCCUCAUGAAGGUCACCGUCGUUGCCAUCGGAACACUUUCCGCCGGCCUAGUCUUCGUUGUCGAAAGAAUGGGCAGUCACGUCCUCCAGUUAUCGAUGAGUCUGGGAUCGAUCACCAGUGGACCGUCUCUGGGAAUUUUCACAAUGGGUAUCCUAUUUCCUUGGACAAAUUCUAUGGGUGCUCUGAUCGGCGGUACAACUAGUCUGGGACUCAUGGCGUGGUUGAGUUUGACGGCACAGGCUGCGAUAUCGAGUGGUCAUAUAAGGUUCGAGGAGAAGCCGGUGAGCACGGAGGGGUGUACUUACACCUUCCAGAAAGUCGAAAACUUACUUUUAUUCUCGCCAUCGAACGCGAACUUCAACGCAACGGACGAAGUUAUUGUGUCUGAACCGUGGGCAUUCUAUCGGUUGAGUUACCUCUGGUACACUAUGACCGGUACGAUCAUCUCUCUAGUCAUCGGAUGUUUAGUGAGCUUAAUUUCGUCGCAAGACACUAAAAAACUGGACCCACUUUUAGUCGCGCCGUUUGUCAGAAAAUUUUUGAAAACUCGUCCGCAAGAUCUGCAAGUAAAUGACGUUGUCAAGCUGGAACUGGAGCCAAGGGAACUUAACAGGUCCAGAUGCAUCCUUCAAGGAAAUGUGAGAAAAUUAACAUAACGCAAUUGAUGGAUAUAAUCGAUCAUUAUAAAGAAAUUGAAUAAGGAAAAAAAAUCAUCAUUAAAAUUUAACUAACCCACCACCAUUCUACUAUGCGUAAGUUUUUCCAUAUUUUAUUUUCGAUAUUACAAAUUAAUAUUAUAUUAUGUAAAUGCGUUAGAGAGUACGAAUACUAUAUUACAUCUAUAUAAGAGUAGAGGUAAUCAUCAGAUACUGUCACAGUUUAGAUUAACAAAUUUUUAAACCUACAUUUAACCAGCAAACAGAAAUUAGUAAUAAUUUUAAUAAUAUUAAUAAUUGCGUGCUAAACCGCAGGCAUUCACGGUAUUAUGUUUACUUUCAAUUAUUUCAUUAUUGUAGUGGAGACACGCGGCUGGCGCAUUUGAAGCUCGGUUUGCGUCGAACCGAAAAAAAAAAGAGCCUUUCAAAGUUUUCCCACAAAAUUU